AUGGAUGAAAUCAAGUGGAACAAUGUGCAUGAUGGCAUGCUAGAGUCAUUGAAACCGGUUAUUUUUUCUGGUUCAACAUCUCGGCGUCGUGCUGGCCUUCAUGAACUUCAUGAGAAAAUCCUAUCACACGAGUUGCCAAAGGAACUAGAUAGGCCUCUCCUAGAUUUGCUUUUCGGAACAUAUCCUAUUUACGUUGAUCGAGAUUCUCGCCGAGAUGCGCAGCGAUGUAUUCGCGAUAUAUUUCAAGCUCCGAUAGCGUCCGUUGAUCUCAAAGAUUUCGCGAAUAAGCUCCACAAGGAAUGUUAUAAGCCAGCAAUUGCUGCUGCCAAUGCCUUCGUCUUGAUCGAGUGGUGCACAUUGCUUUUGCAGCACCUAAGCCAACGCGAAGCAGAAAACCCUGAAGAUGCACCCCAGCUGGCAGUGAACGUUCUAUCUGCAAAUUCAAAAGCACUGGAAACGUGUCUUCGGUCAUCUAAAAAGGAGGGUCUAAAACACUCUGCUAUCAUAGUGUCUAGACGCGCUUUGCGAACCGUUCUAUCAAAGGAGGAAACCGGCGAUGAAGUGGUGCGGCGACUUGUUCGUGUGCUUACCAGCGAGACGGGUUCAGGAUUUAGAAACGCUCCCUACCUCGGAGUUCUAUCUGGAGUUUGCGCGCGACUUCCCAAAAGAAGAGCGGUUUUAGACGAUGUGAAGCCUGCCAUUUUUCAAUUCUAUAUCAAAGAUAUCAUUGGGUCUCGAACAGUGGUUCCUAGCCACAUCGCUGGAAGUUUAGGCGACUUUUUCAUCUCAUUUGCCUCCGCGGAGGAUCUCCAAAAAGAAAUCUGGCCAUCACUUGAAAAGGCUAUGCUUAGGAGCCCUGAAGUGGUUUUCACCGGCAUUAUUCCCUCUUUUGUGGCUGCAAUUCCACGCGAGAUUGAACUGUCCGAAGUGGUUUCCACACGACUUAGUAAACCCCUUCUUUCGAGCUUUAAGUCCGCCAGUCAAACAGUCCGGCAAGGGGCAGUCAAAGCUUUCGAGGCUUUGAUUGCUAAAUGCAAGGAAGAACAGUGGCUUCUGAAAAUCAUCGAUGAAGUCAUUCUCCCUUUGAAAACCUCAAGAAUUACAAAUGUUGAACAUCGCGCGCUCCAGGUACAAGUUCUCAGCAUCUUUCAUUGUUUUCCAGAGCUGUCCCACAGGGUACUGUCGGGCCUUUCGCCUGCCCUUGCACGUGAGAGUAAUGAGGCCGCACUCGAGUCAGAAGUACAGGCGUUUUGUCACCACCUGGCAUAUCUGAUCCGUUCUCAAUCCACGAUUAGCAAGGAAGAUUUCUCUGUUGUGGCCAAAGGCUGCGCUGAGAAACGAAGUGCUUUUCGCAAAAUUUGGAUUUCUAAUGUUGGAGAGGUCAUAUGGAAUCUUGACCGUGAUUCCUUGUUCUCUUCAUCGAGUGUGAAGACCAAUUUCCUGAAACCGGUGGUGGAAAAAAUUUCAAGUUCAUUUGACGAGAUAAACGCCAACCCCCUACCUGCAGUUCAAGGUGGAACUAUUUCAAUAGCCUAUGUUCUUCUGGCCCUCUCAUGUCAGAAUCUUCAAGGAGGAAAGCUAGACGAUGGCAGUUUACUCCUUAAUACUGAUGUCAUUGUCGGCCAAUCUCUAUCAUUAUCUCUGAAACAAUCUUUCUUACUCAAUCCCAGGAUCUUCACAAAAUUGGCCUCAAAAGACGAGCUUGCAUGGAAUAUUCGCGCGUUAUCCGGAGUUUCAUCAGAGGCUGCCUUUCAAGCCGUAGACCCAACAGUGAGAGAUACUUGGGCACAAGCUUUUAUUUAUGUAAUUUCCUCCGCAGCUACACCUGAGAAUUUGCGAGAAUCUGCGAUUUCCCAUCUUCGCAACUGUUAUCUCAAGAAUCCGCAAGUGGUCGGAAUGGCCAUCAUCAGCGCGAUGUGGAAGUGGUUGCUCGCCGUUAAUACAGGAGAUAAGGAUUCUGCUGCUCUCAGUGCAGGGACAGGCGGUGAUAAACUCCUCCUUGUUGUCAGAGCUAUCACUCCCAGUCCCAAUGUUGUGGAUUCCCUGGUCCUCGAUCGUCAAUUAAUUGAACUCCUGGUGCUAUGCCGCCCAGAACUCAUCCCCAGAGCUAAUUGGAUAGAGAUUACGCUGAGAGCUGGUGCGGAUCCCGGCAAAAUUGCCCAAAGCUAUCCAAAAGAAUGCAUAGCACAGGUGCUUCUCGCUACAGAAGUGAGUCGUAGAUUUUGGUAUUUCAGCCACGCAUCGACCUUGCUAACACGAUGUUUAAUGCAGGACCCAAUUCGAUCUAAACUAUCCAAAGGAAGGACGGCGGCGUGGAAUGCUGCUGCUGACCUUGCUUUCGUGGCGCCCGAUGUCAUGAUGCCUAUACUUGUGAAACAAAUUCAAGAGGAUCUCAACAUAGACAGGAUUACGAGAUUUGGGCCCACUGACAUUGCAAUUGCGCGACAUUCGGGAGAAACGCCCUUCAUAGACGUCCUCAGUACCAAGACUAAAAGAUUACCUGGCAAAGGAGACAAGGAUUACGACACUCUUAAAUGGGAAGCAGAACUUCGAGCCGAAAUGGCUCAGAAACGUGGUCAACACCAGAAGAAGCUAACACCAGAAGAGCAAGUUAAGGUCAAAGCGCAGUUAUUAAAGGAAGCAGAAAUUCGAAAAAGUAUCCAAAUUCAGGAGCAAAUAAUUAGGAGAGGAGCCGGCAUCGUCGAAAGUCUCGCUAGAGGGCCCGCCACUGAAGCUGAAGAAUGGAUAAACCAAGCGGUUAACUGUCUAUGUCGGCUUGUCGAAGUUGACGCGGGCGCUUUAGUCGGCAGUAGUAUCUCCGAAGCCUAUGUUGCGUGUACCAGCCGAAUAUCCAGUCGCCUGGAAGAAAUUAGGCCGUUUAUUGGAAUUGCUACCCUUCGGUCUCUGGGCAAAACUUACAUGCCUUCUGACCUUGAAGUAGAGCCACUAGGAACCCUCGUGACUCGAAUUCUUUAUCGCAUCCGACUCGCUUCGGAGCAGCGACCAUUCGAUGUUGUUUCGUUCGGAAUUAUGCUUCGGCUAAUAAUUGUCGUUCUUGAAAAGGAUGGCGUUAAGGAGGCCGCAGAAAGCCGAGGGGAACAGAUCCUUCUGGCGCUUGAAUUUCUCACAAUUCACGCAAAUCUAUUUUCCGACAGCAGAUUGCCGAGAACUGAAGUCCUACGAACAUUGAUAUCUGCGAUGCGAAUUCAUGCGGAGCAUUAUAAGUUAAUGCGAGAUCUUCUGAUUGAUAUUUGCCGUUCUGUAACAGACAAUGUCCAACCGGAUGAACUCACGAUCCUACUUCAAGGAGUGAUAGUUCCAGAAACAUCAGUUCGGACUGCGGUUCUCCAAGCCAUCGAGGCUGAGAUUGACCUCACUGAUCUUGACUUCUCUGAGUACAUCUGGCUCGGAUGCCAUGAUCAUGUUUCUGAAAAUGCGGAAAUAUCCAAGGCUAUAUGGGAAGAGAACGGCCUCGAAGUUGAUGCGAACUCGCCCGAUUUUAUUAUGGAGUAUCUCGGUACGGCCGAUUCGCAACUGCGGGGUGCAGCAGCAGUGGCUCUCGCGCAUGCUUGCAAGUUCAGCCCUUCUGUAUUUACGACUACUUUGGAGAAGCUUGAGACCAAAUACCAGGAUGAAAUUAAACCAAGGGCUCCAGAAACGGACGCAUACGGUAUGCCCAAGAAGGUAGAUACUCCGGACAAUUGGCAGCUUCGAAGCGGAAUAGCUUUGGCUCUUAAAUCUAUGGCCCAGGGUUUUCAUGGAGAUCAAAUCGUUGGUUUCUUACAAUUUUUAAUCAGCGAUGGCCCACUUGUUGAUCAAAAUGUGUCAGUCCGACGGCAAAUGGCAGAAAGUGGGAGUGCGGUCAUAGCUUUGCAUGGACAAGAUAACGUCGAGGAACUAAUGCAUCUAUUCGAGAAGACAUUAGAGACGUCCGACAAAGCGACUGAACAAUCAGAUUGGCUUAACGAGGCCGUUAUAAUUCUAUACGGCUCCCUCGCGCGCCAUCUCAAGAGUGGGGAUAAGCGGUUGCAGACGGUCAUUAAGAAACUCCUUGCUGCCCUUUCCACUCCGUCUGAAAGUGUUCAGUAUGCUGUUUCGGAGUGCCUGACACCCCUCAUUCGGCUCUCUCCUAUAGAGACGUCUGUCUAUAUAGACGAAUUGGUGGAUCAGCUUUUGCACUCGAAAAGAUACGCUACAAGACGCGGGGCUGCGUAUGGUUUGGCAGGUAUUGUGCAUGGAAGAGGCAUAUCUGCUUUGCGUGAAUUCCGUAUCAUGCCACGGCUCAAGGAGGCAUCCGAAAAUAAGAAAGAUCCAAAUGAGAGACAAGGGUCACUCCUUGCUUUCGAGCUCCUUUCACUAGUCCUCGGCCGAAUGUUUGAGCCUUAUAUCAUUCAAAUACUACCCCAAUUACUAACUGCUUUCGGCGACCCCAGUGUUGAUGUUCGUGAUGCAUGUUUAGAUACUGCCAAAGCGUGCUUCGCUAGCCUAAGCUCUUAUGGUGUGAAACAAAUUUUACCGACUCUUCUCGAAGGCUUGGAUGAUCCACAGUGGAGGAGUAAGAAGGGCGCCUGCGACCUUCUAGGAGCUAUGGCUUAUCUCGAUCCUCAGCAACUUGCUGUCAGCCUUCCCGACAUCAUCCCUCCUCUCACCGUCGUCCUCAAUGACAGUCAUAAGGAGGUUCGCAAUUCCGCGAAUAGGAGUCUUCAACGUUUUGGAGACGUCAUAAGCAAUCCUGAAGUAAAAGGUCUUGUUAAUAUUUUACUAAAGGCCCUUAGCGACCCCACGAAGUAUACAGACGAGGCUCUGGAUGCUCUGAUUAAAAUAUCAUUUAUUCACUACCUAGAUGCGCCUUCGCUGGCACUCAUUGUGAGAAUCCUCGAAAGAGGACUUGGUGAUCGAUCUACAACAAAACGGAAAGCUGCUCAGAUCAUCGGCAGUCUGGCUCAUCUAACCGAACGCAAAGACCUUACCUCGCAUCUCCCGAUCCUUGUUGCCGGCCUCAAAAUCGCAAUCGUCGAUCCUGUGCCUACUACUCGUGCAACAGCUUCGAAGGCUCUUGGUUCUCUCAUUGAGAAACUAGGAGAGGAAGCAUUGCCGGACUUGAUCCCAAGCUUAAUGACUACUCUCAAAUCAGAUACCGGAGCGGGAGAUCGGCUGGGCUCUGCUCAGGCCCUCUCCGAAGUUCUUGCCGGGCUGGGGACAUCUCGACUCGAAGAAACCUUGCCAUCAAUCUUACAAAACGUAUCAAGUGCCAAGUCUGCAGUUCGAGAAGGAUUCAUGUCUUUGUUUAUCUUUCUUCCUGCUUGCUUCGGGAAUAGCUUUGCUUCAUACCUCAACAGAAUCAUUCCUCCCAUAUUAUCCGGUUUGGCGGAUGAUGUGGAGGCAAUACGAGAGACUUCCCUUCGGGCCGGUCGCUUGUUAGUUAAGAAUUUUGCUACUAAAUCGAUCGAUCUCCUGUUGCCUGAGCUUGAACGAGGCCUUGCAGAUGAUAGCCACCGUAUUCGACUUAGCUCUGUUGAAUUAGUAGGAGACCUCUUGUUCAACCUCACCGGCAUUAAUACCAAGGCAGAUAUAGAAGAAGAGGAUGAUACCGCCGCUCAAGCUGGCCAAUCUUUGCUUGAGGUGCUUGGUGAAGAUAAGCGGAAUAAGGUCUUGUCUGCACUUUACAUAUGUCGCUGUGAUACCUCAGGGCUUGUUCGAAGUGCUGCAAUAAAUGUAUGGAAGGCUUUGGUUGCCAGCCCUCGAACUCUCAAAGAACUGGUGCCGACAUUGACCCAACUCAUCAUCCGUCGCUUGGGGAGCGCAAAUAUGGAACAAAAGGUUAUUGCUGGAAAUGCAUUGGGCGAAUUGAUCAAGAAAGCGGGCGAAGGCGUUCUCUCAACCCUGUUGCCAUCACUUGAAGAAGGGCUCCUGGCGUCCACUGAGGUUGACGCAAGGCAGGGAAUCUGUAUCGCUCUCCGUGAGCUCGUCAUCUCCUCUUCUGGGGAAUCUCUCGAGGUGUAUGAGAAGAUUCUUAUUUCUACUGUUCGGACAGCGUUGCUUGAUUCAAAUCAAGAUGUCCGCGAAGCAGCCGCAGAGGCUUUCGAUGCGCUUCAGCAGGCCCUAGGAAAGCGUAUUGUUGAUCGCGUAUUGCCGGAUCUUCUUAAUUUGUUGCACACAGACGCAGAGGCAGAUCGGGCUCUCGCUGCUCUUCUUACGCUCCUGACUGAAACUACGCGCGCGAACAUAAUUCUUCCUAAUCUUAUUCCGAGUCUUCUUGCUAGUCCCAUGACGAGCUUCAACGCAAAGGCACUAGCAUCGCUGGCUGAAGUCACCGGUGGCGCGCUCACUCGAAGGCUUCCAAAUAUUCUCAACACCCUCAUAGACAAUUCUCUUUCGACAAAGAACGAAAAGCUCCGGCCCGAGAUUAACAGCGCCUUUGACACAGUCCUUAAUUCAGUCGAUGAGUGUGAUGGAUUGAAUGCGGCGAUGAAUGUCAUGAUUACACUCAUGAAACACGAAGACCACCACAAGCGUGCAGCUGCCGCAAACCGCUUGUCAUCGUUCUUCGGGAAAACAACUCUCGACAUAUCUCGUUAUUACCCUGAGUUAGUUCGGGUAUGCCUUAUAUCGUUUGAUGACUAUGAUACGAAUGUGGUGGCCGCAGCCUGGGAAGCUCUUAGCCAAUUAACGUCACAUAUGCGGAAAGAAGAAAUGGAAGUAUUGGUGAUUCCAACGAGACAAGUCCUCCGGCAGGUCGGCGUUGCAGGUGCCAAUCUUCCAGGAUUUUGUAGGCCCAAGGGAAUCAGCGCAGUCUUCCCCAUUUUCCUUCAGGGUUUGCUGAAUGGAACUGUUGAGCAACGGGUGCAGUCCGCUUUAGCUAUCGGAGAUAUCAUAGAUAGGACCAGCACCGAAGCUCUAAAACCGUUUGUGACACAGAUCACUGGUCCAUUGAUCAGAGUGGUUUCAGAACGUUCAGUUGAGAUCAAAUGCGCGGUCUUUUUGGCUAUCAACAAGUUGCUGGAGAAAAUUCCACUCUUCAUCAAACCAUUCCUCCCUCAGUUGCAAAGAAUUUUUGCUCGAGGCCUGGCAGACUCUAGCAGCGAGACAUUGCGGUCAAGAGCGGCUAAAGGGUUGGGAAUUCUUAUCACUUUGACGCCUAGGGUCGAUCCCCUUAUUUCAGAACUGGUCGCUGGUUCCAAAACGUCGGACUCUGGUGUGAAGAGUGCUAUGCUCCGCGCCUUGCAUGAGGUGGUCGCUAAGGCUGGCAAAAAUAUGAGCGACGCAUCCAAACAAGCCAUCCUUGAGCUCAUUGAUGAUGAAUCGGCUGAUCGUGAUGAGGCAACGAACAUCGCCAAUGCCCAGCUCGUCGGAGCCCUUAUCAAGUCACUUCCAGAGGCUACGGCCGUGCCACUGAUUAAGAACCGCGUUCUCACAUCUCACUACACACACCUCUCUGUCCUCGCACUUAAUUCUAUUUUGGCUGAAUCCCCGAGGUCUAUAACUGACACAUUUCCCGAUGAAACCCUAUCGACUAUAUGCGAAGGUAUCAAGCAUAAGGAUGUGUUUAUUGCCGACAACAGUGUCCUGGCUGCCGGCAAGUAUUUAUUAACAACAGAUAUUGAUCGGGAUGCCGAAACAGAUAGAGUUGUGCUUGAGGCUUUGACAUCAGUGAUACCACCCGGCAACCCGGCUGAUACGCGUCGUGUGGCUUUAGUAGUGCUUCGCACAGUCAGCCGCUUAGAGCCCGGUCUUGUUGGACCACACCUUUCUCUACUCAUACCACCCGUAUUCUCUAGCGUCAGGGACCUAGUCAUCCCCAUCAAGCUUGGUGCUGAGGCAACAUUCCUCGCCUUACUGCAGGUGGUGGAUGCCGGAAGCGUCAUUUUUGAUACAUACCUCCAGGGACCGGGGGCGGGCCUCCCAAUGACAACAAAGCGAAGCAUGCAAGACUAUUUUAAGCGCGUUGCUCUGCGUCUUGCAACCCAAGCUCGCGAACGAAGGGAUGCAGAAGGCGGUGCUGGAGGCCUCGACUUAGCGAGCGACGAGGCUGACGAUGAAAAGGAGCUUUGGAGCGUGGGAAAGUCGCGCGAAGCCCUAAGUUGUGGAAUUUCGUCUCGCUUAGCACAUAGUCGCUUAGUAAUCGCCUAUGACAAACCUUGUUCCACCCACAUCCUCACGCACUGCUGUCGACGUCGAGAUUCGAACAACCAUCCAUCGACAAACUCGGCUAUCGAAUUCAACGGCAUCAAGAUGGUCAACCUUCGCACUCAGAAGCGCCUGGCCGCUGCUGUUGUCGGCUGCGGCCAGCGCAAGAUCUGGCUUGAUCCCAACGAAGUCAACGAGAUCUCCACCGCCAACUCCCGCCAGACCAUCCGGAAACUCAUCAGCGAUGGCCUGAUUAUCCACAAACCAGUCACGAUGCACUCGCGUGCGAGAGCUCGUGAGCUCGCAGAGGCCCGCAAGAUCGGUAGACACCGAGGCUUCGGUAAGCGAAAGGGUACAAAAGAUGCUAGAAUGCCCAGCCAAGUCCUUUGGAUGCGCCGGCUGCGUGUCCUUCGCCGUCUCCUCGCCAAGUACCGUGCCUCCGGCAAGAUUGACAAGCACCUUUACCACGAGCUGUACCAUCUGAGCAAGGGUAACACCUUCAAGCACAAGCGUGCCCUCGUCGAACACAUUCACAAGGCCAAAGCCGAGAAACAACGUGAGCGUAUGCUUAAGGAAGAGAUGGACGCCAAACGUGCCAAGACCAAGGCUGCCCGCGAGCGACGACAAGAGCGUAUCGCCGCCAAGAGAAACGCUCUUGCUGGAGAGACUGAGGAGGCCUAAUAAAUUCAUUGUCUUUGAUUUAAUUUUUCCUUAUCAAACAUUAUGGGUCAAUGGCAAGGUUUUUAUUUUGAUGAUUACACAAAAACGAAACAUAUUAUGCAUGAAGCAUCUGUCUUUUUUUUUUUUUCCAUCCAUCUCCAGCCAUUUUGUCCAUCACCCCCCUUAUAUUUUAUUUUUAAGCCGCUUUUCACUUUUGUGCCAUAUCCCAUUCGUAUGUGCUAUUCCCUCUACACCCAUAUUCUAGGAUAUGGCACAAAAGUGAAAAGCGGCUUAGGGGAAAAUACCGAUAAGGAAUUAUGAAUGAAAAGACUUUGAAAUCAAUUCUUGCUUUGUUCCUGCCGUUCUUUGCGCUGUGGCGAGUAUGGUGAUAGGGUUCAAGCCAUAUGGUUUUGCCCGUCUCGCCUUUCCAUUUGGUCCCAUGAUUGGGAUCGCUGGCUGGACUAAUUAUCACACGAGUCUCCCUGCUCACGGAGCCGUAAGACGGCCAAUGGGAUAGAAGCGGGGAGGAAGCAUCAUGGCAGUGUAGACUAAGUGUUUCGAUGUGGAAUGAAGAGACAGGUUCUGAGCC